UUUUCGUCAGAGUGGCAGGCUGUUCGUGAUCGCGAAUUAGAAAAUAGCAGGAGUGACGUCACGGGCAUUACAGUUGUCUUCACAGAAGUGACAGAUGUAUCAGUGGACGUGACUCUGAAGGGAUAACUAAAAAAGUCAGUUUACAAGACGCAGACUUUCGUCCCCCUCGUGUGACGUGAGACCUGCAGAGAGGUGAGCCAGGUGACCUUGUCUACCAGGUGACCUUGUCUACCAGGUGACCUUGUCUACCCAGGUGACCUUGUCUACCAGGUGACCUUGUCUACCAGGUGACCUUGUCUACCAGGUGACCUUGUCUAGCCUUUGCUCGUGAAGGUUGGAGGAAGGUCCAGCACACACACUCAAGUGCCUUAACCAGAAGCCAACUGUGUCUACCUAACAAGUAUUUAUAGAUGAGAAAACGAAAAUAAUCCUGUCUAACGACACAACUGAAGCUGUCUUAACGGUGCCCAGUGUGUGUGUGUGUGCGCGCACGCGUGUGCGUGUGAGUAUGUGUGUGUGUGUGUGAGCAGUACUGUGGGAUGUACACCACAGGUGGCAUUAUUGAAUGAAGCUUAAGGCAAAGUUAAAAUCUUUGCUUUUCCUUCGUAGUGGCAUCUUGGUGCCAGACAACCAAGCUUACUGCCACACCACUACCACCACCAGUGCCACCACCACCACCAGUACCACUGCCACCACCACCACUACCCUUACUGAAACUGCCACCAAGAUGCCGCGGGAUUACCCAGCAGCACCCAGCACCUCCAUGAUGGAUCUGAGUGGUCGCAAUACCGCCGAGAACCAGGAGCGACUCCGUCGAGCUCGCUCUGUUUGGGACGUCGGAGCUAAAAUUAUAGUUCGUCGGCGGCGUCAGACUGAGUGUGCAGCUCCUGAGCGCCCUGCCAGGGUGGUCCGCCCCACCUCCUUCUCCAGUCCCUCUGGUGAUGACAGACCACAGAGCCACAAUAGGCUUUCUACUAUACAGCGGGGUGAGAGCACCGCUCCAGCACACAAUUAUCGAAAGUCGGGUUUGCCACAACGCCUGUCUAGCAGCAGCACAUCAUCUACGCCCAUCACGCCCGUUACUCCCGUCGCUCCCACCACGUCCUCACCCUCCAGCCACGGCCAUGAUGCCCAAGUGUUCAGGAAUGAAGUAAACUUAAGUGAAGCUCGGUCUAUGAUGUCGCUGCCUCGACCCUACAGCACCAGCAACGGCUCUGACGAUGAUCCCAGAGGGUUACGCAAAAAGUCUGCCGGUGCCUUACAUGCCUUGAAGAACCUGAGUCGCAGUACGCCGGCCAUGUCACCGUCAGCAUCUCCUCGUCACAGUGACAGUGAGGGACCCCCCAGGAUCUCUAAGGGCACUAAGAAGUUCAUGCGGCACUUCGCUGACGCUCCUGCUAGCGAGUGGGUCCUCAACUACUUUUCGUGCGCGCUGGUCUCUGACAUCCUGCUGCAGGGAACACUCUUCAUCACACCUAACUACUUUGCUUUCUACUCCAAGAUCUUCGGUCAUGUCAGUAAGCUGAUGAUCCCGGUGACGCAGGUGGCGACGAUUCAGAAGGAGAGGACAGCCAAGAUCAUCCCCAAUGCUGUUGGUCUUCAUAUGUUGGACGGCAAGAGCUACGUCUUCGGCUCUCUCCUCUCCAGAGACUCCACCUACAAGCUUAUGUUGCACAUCUGGAAGAAGGCGCAGCGCAUCGCAGACAGCGACAGCGAGCCUCCGCUCUCCGCUGUACCCGUGGUGAGUGUAUAUGAACGAUGGUAGGGUGCACAGGGCUCUGGUGCAGGUGGGCGGGUCAGGGGCAGAGUAUUAGUUAUGAAAGAGGAUGUUAGUUAGGAAUAAAGAAAUACAUAAGAAAUCUACACCAAACAAUGGAGAAAGAGAGGAGGGGGGGAGGGAGAGCAAAAGAGCAAUCAGGAAAAUUGAAUGUAACCAAAAAUAUUUGUUCCUCUAUGGAAAAUUCAGGGCAAAAACCACUUCUAGCACUGGACCCCUUGCUUAAGCUGGUUCAGCUUUCAUCAUGUCACCAAAGACAACAAAACAAUGAGCCAUGUAUGUCGUGAAGGGUCCGUAAGUGUAGUACAGGCGGUAAAUGAUAAUCAUUGAGACAGUAAACUGGUAUAUUGAGAAUAGCAGUGUUGUCCUGUCUGCCUGAGGCUGCGUGUCUGACU